AUGUCCGCAGAGGCUGAAAGCUUCGGAUUCCAGGCUGAGAUCUCUCAGCUUUUGGACCUGAUCAUCAACACCUUCUACUCCAACAAGGAGAUCUUCCUUCGUGAACUGAUCUCCAACGGUUCCGAUGCUCUUGACAAAAUUCGUUAUGCCUCCCUGACCGACCCCUCCGCCCUCGAGUCCGAGAAGGAGCUUUACAUUCGUAUCACUCCCGACAAGGAGAACAAGAUCCUUACCAUCCGCGAUACUGGUAUCGGUAUGACCAAGGCCGACAUGGUCAACAACCUUGGUACGAUCGCCAAGUCCGGUACUAAGGGUUUCAUGGAGGCGCUCAGCUCUGGUGCCGAUAUCUCUAUGAUUGGCCAGUUCGGUGUCGGUUUCUACUCUGCCUACCUCGUCGCCGAGCGUGUGCAGGUUAUCUCCAAGCACAACGAUGACGAGCAGUACAUCUGGGAGUCCGCUGCCGGUGGCACCUUCACCAUCACCCCCGACCACGUCAACCCACCUCUCGGCCGUGGUACCGAGAUCCGUCUCUACCUCAAGGAGGACCAGAUUGACUACCUCGAGGAGAAGCGCAUCAAGGAUAUCGUGAAGAAGCACUCCGAGUUCAUCUCAUACCCUAUCCAGCUUGUCGUCACCAAGGAGGUCGAGAAGGAGGUCGAGGAUGAGGAAGAGGUCAAGGAGGACGAGGGUGAGAAGCCCAAGAUCGAGGAGGUCGACGAGGAGGAGGAGAAGAAGGACAAGAAGAAGAAGACCAUCAAGGAGCAGCAAAAGACCAACGAGGAGCUCAACAAGACCAAGCCCAUCUGGACUCGCAACCCCAGCGAUAUCACUGCAGACGAGUACGGCGCCUUCUACAAGUCCUUGACGAACGACUGGGAAGAGCAUCUUGCCGUCAAGCACUUCUCCGUCGAGGGUCAGCUUGAGUUCAAGGCCAUUCUCUACAUCCCGAAGCGUGCUCCCUUCGACCUCUUCGAGACCAAGAAGAAGCGCAACAACAUCAAGCUCUACGUUCGCCGCGUCUUCAUCAUGGACGACUGUGAGGACCUCAUCCCCGAAUACCUCAACUUCGUUAAGGGUAUCGUCGACUCCGAGGACCUUCCUCUCAACAUCUCCCGUGAGACGCUCCAGCAGAACAAGAUCCUCAAGGUCAUCCGCAAGCACAUCGUCAAGAAGUGCAUGGACCUCUUCUCCGAGAUCGCGGAGGACAAGGACAACUUCCAGAAGUUCUACGAGUCGUUCGGCAAGAACAUCAAGCUCGGUAUCCACGAAGAUGCUCAGAACCGCACCAAGCUUGCCGAGUUCCUUCGCUUCCACUCCACCAAGGCCACCGACGAGACCAUCUCCCUCAAGGACUACAUCACUCGCAUGCCUGAGGUCCAGAAGUCGAUCUACUACUUGACCGGCGAGUCUCUUGCGGCCAUCCGCGAUUCACCCUUCCUGGAGGUCCUCAAGAAGAAGGGCUUCGAGGUUUUGCUCCUCGUCGACCCCAUCGAUGAGUACGCCUUCACUCAACUCAAGGAGUUUGACGGCCACAAGCUCGUCUCGGUCUCGAAGGAGGGUCUCGAGCUCGAGGAGACCGAGGAGGAGAAGAAGGCUCGUGAGGAGGAGAGCACCCAGUACGAGGAUCUGUGCAAGGUUAUCAAGGAGGCUCUCGGCGAGAAGGUCGAGAAGGUCGUCGUCUCCAACCGUAUCGCCGACUCUCCUUGCGUUCUCGUCACUGGCCAGUUCGGGUGGUCGUCUAACAUGGAGCGUAUCAUGAAGGCACAAGCUCUCCGUGACACCUCGAUGUCGUCGUACAUGGCCUCCAAAAAGACCCUCGAGCUCAACCCCAAGCACCCGAUCAUCAAGGAGCUCAAGCGUAAGGUUACCGAAGACAAGGCCGACAAGUCUGUCCGCGACCUGACCUACCUCCUCUUCGAGACUGCCCUCCUCACCUCCGGCUUCUCGCUCGAGGAGCCCACGUCGUUCGCCAAGCGCAUCCACAGGAUGAUCUCGUAA